AUGAGCCCAGAGAAGGAUGGUGUUUCCAUACCUCUCCACGUCGACAUAACAGACGUGGCUUCUCCACUCCCCAUGCCGCUAGACAUCUUGCACGGGAACCCAAUCCCGCCGUUUCUAUCCAAAACGUUCGAUUUGGUGGAUGAUCCGAGUCUCGACCCGGUCAUAUCUUGGGGGCUGACCGGCGCGAGCUUCGUCGUCUGGGACCCUGUGGAGUUCGCCAGAAUCAUACUCCCGCGGAAUUUUAAACACAACAAUUUCUCCAGCUUCGUCAGACAGCUUAACACUUAUGGAUUCCGGAAGAUUGAUACCGACAAAUGGGAAUUCGCCAACGAGGCUUUCCUUAGAGGACAGAAGCAUCUUCUCAAGAACAUUCACCGUCGCCGUUCGCCACAAUCCAACCAAGCUUGCAGCAGUAGCAUCACCAGCCAACAAAGCCAAGGGUCACCCACCGAGGUCGGAGAAGAGAUCGAGAAGCUGAGGAAAGAGCGCCGCGCGUUGAUGGAAGAAAUGGUUGAGCUUCAGCAGCAAAACAGAGGCACUGCUCGUCACGUGGACACUGUGAACCAGAGGCUGAAAGCUGCUGAGCAGCGGCAGAAGCAGAUGCUCUCUUUCUUGGCUAAGUUGUUUCAGAACCCAGGCUUCUUGGACCGCCUCAAGAGCCUCAAAGGAGAAGGAGGGGGUCUUGGAUUCGAAAAGGCGAGAAAGAAGUUCAUCAAGCACUCCCCAACAGGAGGGGAGAUUGUGAAGUAUGAAGCUGAUGACUGGGAGAGACUGUUAAUGUCAGAGGAAAAAGACACUGAGAACAUUCUACCCUCAAACCAGGGGAUGACUUCAACCGAUCCAAAAGGGAAGAACCUGAUGAAUCCAUCAGAAGAAGAAACAAUGAAUCAAGAUUACUUCUUACCUUUUCCAACUCCUGAAGGACUUAUCAAACAAGAAGAGACUUGGAGCAUGGGUUUCGACACUACAAUACCGAGUUUCAGCAACGAGGAUGUGUGGGGAAACACAAUGGACUAUAAUGUCGCAGAGUUUGGUUCUGUUCCAGAAACAUCAAGUGGUGGUUGUUUGCCUGAUGUAUGUUGGGAACAGUUUGCUGCAGGGAUGACAGAGACUGGAUUCAACUGGCCACCUGGUGAUGAUACUACUCCAAUGGAUGAUCCUUAAGACCUUUCAUUAUAUAUUUUAUUAGACCAAUCACCCGUUUAUUAUCGGGUGAAUUAUUAAUUAAUUGAUUGUUUAUUUUGAGAUGC